UAUUCAAGAGAUUAGACAGACCUUGCGGAGCUUCCGUUCGCCUGGUUUUGCUUUUGGGCAGAAUAGUGACACGCUGGCCUCCCUCUCGCCACUUUCUUGACAACACAUACAGCUCCUCUCCAUUUGCCAAAUUUUUGAGCCAGACACCUGAAAAGUAGGUAACUGCUGCAUCGUCCCGUACAUGCGAAGCUUGGAAUUGGUUUCGGAAUACACCCCGGAUAUUGGAGAACGUGUAUGACUGGUGUUAAUUGACAUUCAUCUCCUCCCACGAUUGCUUUUGUGGCACCAAGCAAACAGCAAACCAGGAGUCCUGCAACUGCUGUUUGGGCUUUUUCGGGGCAACUUGGAUCAUUUCUUGGAUCUAACCAUGAGUCGAUGAGUAUUCGUCCGAGGAACGUAUCCUAAAGGAAAAAUCGUAUCGACAUGGCGGGCGGUAACAACGUCAACAACGUCGGCAACAAUACCGGAAACGGAGACACCUCGCCCAGUCGAGUCUGCCGGGACUUCCUGAGGAAAGUCUGCCACCGGGGGAAGAGGUGCAAGUACCUCCACGAGAGGUGCGAAGACGACCCGGCCGAGGAGUACACCUUCUGCCACGACUUCCAGAACGGCAUUUGCAACUGGCCUGGAUGCCGGUUCUUGCACUGCACCGAGAGCGAGGAGAAGAGAUUCAGGGCCACCGGCGAGUUGCCCCAGCACGUUCUGGACAGUCUUAAAGCCAAUUGCGACAGGCUGGAGUAUCCCAUCUGCAAGGACUUCGUAAAGGGAAGUUGUCAGCGAGUUAACUGCAAGUACCGACAUUACAAGAAGGAGGAUCCUCAGCCCAAUGCCCUGCCGCCCCCGCACCCCAGUGCUCCCAGGGCGCAGCACAAUUUCAACGGCAACGGCAACGACGAUGCGCGCAGAUUCGAGGAGGACAGGAACUAUCACUGGACGGUGGAGGAUCAGCAUCAUGUCGUGGCCAACAACGGCUUCGGGGCCUCGACCCAUCCGGACUACAUCGGGCCCCCGGAGGCCAAGAGGAGGCUCGUCUCCAGCGAGGCCGUCGUGCACUUCGAGGCCUCUCCCAUCGUGGGCCAACAACACGCGGCUCAACCCAUCACCCCGAGCUACUACUACCCAGUCAUUCCAAGGAACGAGGCCAGGGCGAUCGUCCUCGAGGACGAAAAUGCGCUCCUCAGGAAGAAGAUCGAGGAGCUGAAGAAACAGGUGAGCGAUUUGACGGCAACGAAUGAGUUUCUGCUGGACCAGAACGCCCAGCUCAGGAUGUCCGGGAAACGGACGGCCAAUGUGACCGCGGUGACGGUGCCGGCUGUGACCAUAACGAACACGGUGCCGCCAUCGCAGGCGCCGACUCCCCAGCAGAUGGUGAACGCCGCUGUGGCCGCUGGCACUCUAAGGACGGUCACGGCGAGCGUGGCCACGGUCCCGGUGAGCAUAGCCACGGUAGCCCCGGUUUCCAUAGCCGCGGUGUCCAUGGCCCCGGUCUCGAUACCGCCGUCCAUCGUCACCAUGGCUCAGCAGACCAUCACAAUGAGCGGCUCUGGUCCCCAGCCUACGAACCAACAACCACCGAACUCCCAGCAGCCGGCCAGCAUACCCCUUUCAAUCUCUGCAGCGGCUGCGCCGUUGGUUUCCUAUCCCAUCAUGACCCAGGAACUGAGGCCCGUCCUUCAAUAGGUCAUCUCGUUGAACGGUUCUCCGCCGACGAAUCACCAGCCCGUCGACAUACGUCUGUCUAUCUGUGCGGCGAGGACGACGUUGGUCUCCUAUCCCAUCGUGACCCAGAGACUGAGGUCCGUUCUUCGAUAGACCAUUUCUGAACGACUUUUAACGGACGAGUCGAUAUAAGUCAGUCAAACUUAGCGGCGGAUACCGGUCUCAUAUCCUAUCAGGGUUCGGCAGAGAAGCCCGUUUCACGAACGGUUUUUGCCCGUCAACGAGUCACUGGCUCGUUGAUGUACGUCUAUCGAUCUUAGGACUGAACACCUUGCUGGUCUUCCUAACUUCAUCAUGGCUAGGAACGAGUCACUGAUCUCUUAUGGCAUUAUGGAUCAGCAGUCGAAGCUUGUUCUGCAAGAGGUCAUCUCUUUGGACGAUUCCCGGAUGACGAGGCACAGACCAUCGGUAUACGACUCUCGAUGGCGGCAACGGACACAACAUUGAUGCGUUAUUUUAUUAUGAUCCGGGAACCGUGAGACAUGGAUAGUAACAUAACAAUUUUGCGUUUGCUCGGUAAUGCAAAAGCUGAAAGGCUUACUUUCUAGGGUCGAUGCGAUUACUAUCGUAAGGGGUUUCUUCUCUUGACCAACGAGUCACAUGGUUGUUAACGUGCGGUUCUCUAUUCUACUUGCUACCGCUCACUCGGUAUUGUAUAUUUUAUUACGAUCAAAGAAAGGAAGCUCGCGCAUUGACUUAUUGCUGGAAACGCUAUAGUCCACGUAAGCCGAAUUAACUACAGCCUUGUAAUGUUACUGUAGAUACUGUCGGUAAAUGCAUCGCUGAUCUCAUCCAUUAUGACCUGAAAAUUUGAAACAUUUACUGGCCGAUUUCUCAGAAUUCUAAAUGUAAGAGGACGUGGAAUUGUUGUCCUAAGCCGUGGACGUUAAUGAGCCGUCCUGAGGGGUUUCUAAUGGGUAUACUGCUCUCUGGGAAAGUACAGUCGGCUUUACAUAAAAAUUUAUGUAGGAUGCAAAGGACUAUGUGACUCUUUUUUCUAGACCGUGGACACAUCUUGCCAUAAGAGCAACCCAAGAGAAGCCGAGUGGGACAUGAUGGCCGGAAAUACUUUAGGGCUAAUUAUCAAAACGAGAGGCUAGUGAUAACAACCUCUUAGGCACGUUAGAAGCCGACACAAUUUGUACAGAACUAUGUUAAAGGUCGUCGUUGGUUCUUUUUUUUUCUUUUCACGGAUGCGUAAAUACUACCAGGAUUUUACCUCCUUGAGAGGACAAAAUGGGCUACGUGAAGUUAAACCUUGAAAGGACCGAAGGCUUGUGACAAAAUCGCCGAUUUCGACGAAACUUAAAUGGUAAUUUACAUGUUAAUAAGUAAGAAAUACAUUUUGAAGGCUUUUCUAUUUCCGUCACACCGAUGCACUGUUUUUGAACUAUUAGCUUAACACAUUUAGGGCCGAUUGCACUAACCGUGGUUAGGGUGAAAUUAUUGAACUAUGAUUAGUUAAUCUUGAAUUAGUGCAAUUCGUAUUGCAUCGAUAAAAAUUACACUAACUGGCGUUUGAAUCCAUUCAUUGUUUGGUACCAUCUGAAGUCGGGUGAUUAACUCUAAUCGCGCAUUAAGUAAUCCUUGAUUAAGGAUUUUAUCUCGAAUGUUGGUGCAACCGCCCUUUAAUAUCUACUAAUACAUUGGUCAUUUUCAGGCGUCUUAUGCCAGCGUACUUUCCAAUUACUUUAGCCAGGAGCGUGUUUAAUAACUUGAGUGCGAUACGUGCUUAUUUAUGCGAAUGAAUAAAUUUCUUCAUGCAGUUCGCGAAUGGAAGUUUUUCUUUGAGGUAUACAUUUUAAUUUUCUGAAUAUCGGCGAUUUCGUGGGAAAAUGUAUAGUUGAUUGGGCUAAUUUGAGAUUGUCGGAAUGUUACGGAAUCUCGAAUGCGUUUUCUGCACGUCGUGCUUGAUACAAUGCUCACCUUAAGGUGAUGUGAAAAUGACGUCACGGAGGUCUCGUUUAUGAAACUUUUCUCUCAAUUGGGUAUAAUGAAUAGUUUAAAACUUUACGUUGUGAAUAUGGAGUCUAGUAAAGAAGGUUCUGAUCCCUUUGAAAUUUAAUUUUUUAUGAGAAAUUUUGAAAAUGUCUAUAAAAAAAUAAAAAAAAAAUAUUGUAAUUUCAUGGUCCUUGAAACCUUCCUUAUAGCCUCCAUAUUCACAGUUUAACGUUUAAAACGAUUCGGUACACUCAGUUCAAAGCAAAGUUUCAUAAACGAGAUUUCUUUAAUGACACUUUCACGUCACCUUAAUGUUACGUACUGUAAAUCAUGGAUAUAUAUACUUGUAUUGCGGCAGGUUUAAAAGUGCGGUCAAUCGUCCUUCGAUUAUUCCCUUCAUUUCCAUGUAUUCGUUUUGCGAUUCGUAAUUCAUGGUAAGUGUUAUCGGAGUGAUGUUAAACUUGAUAUAUAACGAGUUUAUAUCUCGGCAAUACAGUAGACAAUCUGAAAAUUAGAUGUACAGAAUCGAGAGCCUGGGGUUGAUUGACUACUGUGACUCAGUGCCUGGGCCGAACAUUUAGAAGUAGGAAACGUGGAAUAUAUUUCUCAACAAUUCAAAUUAUCCCGUGAAAUAGAUAUUUGAAAUACUCGUCUACAAUGUUAACAGGGAGUAACGCGUUUAUUUCUAGUAACCUUUCGCGAGGCGAAGUUGUGAAAUGACAUAAUUAUCUCCACGGCAAUGCUUCUAAGUACCUUUUAGGUAGUAACUUAAUGGUAUUACAAGCGUGGGACUUUUUCGGUUUUUUCAAUUGUUCAUGAGAGGUAGCUACUUCAAAUAAAUACUUCAUAGUUCCAUUUUGAAGAUAAUCAUUUUCAAUAUUUAUUUCAGAAUGGGGCCUUAAGAAUAGAUAUUUCAUUGCAUAAUUUUAAUGUUUCUUAUGUGAAAUGUGUGUUUGAAAUAUGUACUUCAAUUGUUACGGUUGUUUUAAGAUAUCGCUUCAAAUUCUACCCAGCAUUGCUGUAAACUUUUUGAGCAGCGAAGAUGAAACCAACUAAGUUCGGAGGUUUCAUGAUACACUAUACAAGUUUACUUAGAAUUAUUAACACGGAUAUAAGUACAAACCAGAUGAGGAAGAAGCAUUUUGAUGUCAAGCUUUGUUUAAGGAUUAUUAUUGCUGUAAAAUAAAAAUAGACUUUGCGAUUGCUGUGCAUGCACCGCUGUAAAUAGUAUUUCUUUGCUUCUUCGUUUUCUAGAAAGAAUUUUUGAUACUUCCAUUAUGGAUAAAUAAGUUAACUAUUCUUAUAUGAUAGUACAUAUUUUGACAAAUUAAGUACUAAUUGCAGUACUUUGCGUUAUUACGAAUUAGUUAAUUGUAAGCGAUGAGCAGCCUCUAGGGUAACUCGAUAAAUAUGGAACAAUGUUCGGUUUGCGCUGAAAUUUAAGAAGUAAAGUGUGAUCUUCAUUGUAAAGUGCGUUACGCAAAACCAAAUAAAUACGUAAGUGUCUGGGUU